AAUAUCCUUGAUUUUGUAGUAUUUACGUUCAUUUAAUGACCUUCGGGUGUCACUGUUACAUUGGGAAACGAUAGAAGACUUUGUCCCUCCCAUCAAAAAGCUUUUGUUUGCCAUCUAGAGCAGAGAAGGCAUUUGAAUCAACCACGCCAGCCGCUGGAUUCAUGUUGUACAAUUUGUCAUUAUGCCAUAUACAACGGGUUGGAUAUAAAGAUUCUUUUGACGCCGUAACUCCUUUUAUGUUUUUCCUCUAAGUUGUAGUAUGACGAUGGGGACAGACAGCAAAAGACGAACGAGGGAGAAGUGUUCUUUUGUCUUUAAUAUAGUAUUACUGCUUUUUCUCGGAAAGCAAGCUUUUGCUCAAAUAAGAUACUCUAUUCCAGAGGAGGUGAAAGAAGGACAUGCUGUUGGAAAUGUUGCGAAGGAUCUUGGACUCGAAAUCCCCUCGUUAAGUGACCGACGGUUCCGUGUUGUUUCUGAAUCAAAGGAGACAUUUUUUGAGGUAAACUCGGACAAUGGGGCUCUGUACGUUCAUAAGAAAAUUGACAGAGAGGAGCUCUGUCAGGGCAGCGGUGCAUGUCUAAUGGAGCUAAAAAUCCUUGUUGAAAACCCGUUGGAAAUGCACUACGUAAUUGUAGAAAUUACUGAUGUAAAUGAUCACUCUCCUAGUUUCCCUGAAAGAGAACAGGGAUUUGAAAUAUUUGAACAAACGUUACCAGGAAAGCGAUUUCAACUGCACACUGCUCGGGACCCCGAUGCUGGAAUUAACUCUAUUCGUACAUACACGUUGAAAUCUAAUGAACAUUUUGAAGUAGAUAUCCGUCAAAGCGAUGAGGAUAAAAUACCGUUUUUAGUUGUCUGA